AUGGGCAAGGGUGGAUCUCUAAGUGACAGUGUUCUGAAAAAGAUCUUGCUUUCCUACACCUAUGUAGCCAUCUGGAUCUUCCUCUCCUUCACUGUUAUUGUCUACAACAAGUACAUCCUUGACAAAAAGAUGUACAAUUGGCCAUUCCCAAUUUCUCUAACCAUGAUCCACAUGUCUUUUUGUGCCACACUUGCUAUCCUUCUGAUUAAAGUUUUCAAAUUUGUUGAACCUGUCUCCAUGUCAAGAGAUGUUUAUCUCAAAUCUGUUGUUCCCAUUGGUGCUUUAUAUUCUCUAAGUCUCUGGCUUUCUAACUCUGCUUAUAUUUACUUAUCUGUUUCUUUUAUUCAGAUGUUAAAAGCCCUGAUGCCUGUUGCUGUUUAUUCUAUUGGGGUUUUGCUUAAAAAAGAGAACUUUAAGAGUAAUACUAUGGCCAAUAUGUUAUCAAUCUCUCUUGGUGUUGGGAUUGCUGCUUAUGGUGAGGCUAGAUUUGAUACUUGGGGGGUUAUUCUUCAACUUGGUGCUGUUGCGUUUGAAGCUACAAGAUUGGUAAUGAUUCAAAUCUUGCUUACAUCUAAAGGGAUCACAUUGAAUCCAAUCACUUCUCUUUAUUAUGUAGCUCCUUGUUGUUUGGUUUUCUUGACUAUCCCUUGGAUUUUUGUGGAAUACCCUGUGUUGAAGGAGACUUCAAGUUUUCAUUUUGAUUUUGUCAUCUUUGGGACCAAUUCUCUCUGUGCUUUUGCUUUGAAUCUCGCUGUGUUCUUGCUUGUGGGAAAGACUUCGGCUUUGACCAUGAAUGUGGCUGGUGUGGUCAAGGAUUGGUUGUUGAUCGCCUUUUCUUGGUCAGUUAUUAAGGAUACUGUGACCCCCAUUAAUUUGUUUGGCUACGGGCUUGCAUUUUUGGGUGUCGCGUAUUACAAUCACGCCAAGUUGCAGGCUAUGAAGGCGAAGGAAGCACAGAAGAAGGCUCAGCAGGCUGAUGAGGAGGCUGGAAGGUUGUUGGAGGAAAGGGAAGGAGAGGGAAAUGGGAAGAGGACUGAAUCGGGAGACUAA